GGAGUGUAGUAAACUCAUACGGAAAGCGCUUCUGUAAUUGGGUGUAGCUGCCACUCCUCCGUCGCUGUCUGCAGUUUGUCGUUAUGGAGGUCGGUCAUGUGGCGGCGCGGCGGCGGAUCGUGCUCGCGGAACGUUUCAGCAGAGACCGGUCGCCCCGGCUACGCCAGGAAGAACCGAGCGACAUUCACGGCGUCCAUGUGCUAUGGCAGGUUUGACAACCAGGGACAUUGAAGGUUACAACGAGCAGCUCCAGAGUGACGCCCAGUUCCUGUGCUCAGACCAGCGGAUGGAUGCAGAGUUGGUUGACAGACUGGUGCUGCAGCUGAACAGGAUCUACCCCCAAAUACUCAAUGACAAGGAAGCCUGCAAGUUCAGGAGGCUGAGUGUGCCCACCAAAGUGCGGUUACCUGAGUUAUUGAAGUACCUGCGUGCAAAAGGUGAAGAGGCAUGUCAUGAAUUCUACAGAGCACUUCACAUCCAUGCUGAGGAAGUCUACGCUAGCCUGCCCACCAGAAUCAGACAAAGAGAGAUGGCAGAUUCAAAAUUAGCUAACAAUGUGGGAAUCCUGCAAAAGCGAUAUGCGCUCAAUGACAAAGGGCCAAUGUUCUUCCUAAGCUGUUUUAGUCUUGUGGUUGGCAUUGCAGUUCUCUACUAUUAUGGAGAGGGCGAGACUUUGAGAAGCACUGGAGCAUUUCUUCACUGUUCUGCAGCAAAACUUAGUAAGGACGCUAAGGAUGUUUUUAUUUCCUAUGCAGAGGUGGGGAAACAGAUAUUAUGAGACCAUUAAGGUGCUGAAAAUGUUCAGAAGUAGUCCUUUGAGAGGAACAAAUUGUCGAACUUGCCUCUUUGCUGUGCCAAAAUAAUUGAAUAUCCUCCCCUCUGGUGCAGCCUGUGUCUGACUGUUUGUUUUAAAAAUGCAACUAAUACAAUUUUUUAAAAUUCCAAAAGCAUGCCACAUUUAGACUAAAAAGGCCACAGAUUAUUACUUAUGACAGAAAUGGAUAUAAACUU